UCAGUUAAUUAAAUUUUUUUCUCUUUGAGUAUCGAUCCCUCGGCACCGGCAUUAAACAUUAAACGCAUUUGUGUUCUUCAAUAUAUAUACAUAUAUCACAAAAAGACAUCAUUCUUAUUAUUAUUAUUAUUAAUAUUAUUAUUAUUUAUUCUUCGUGAAUUUAGACGUUUAUAACCUAAAAUUUUUUUUUAAAAUUCAAAUUAAAAUUAAAAAUGUCGAGAAUGACAAGCUAUGAUUCUCAUAAUGAUGGUCCAGGUUUUGUAGGAAUAAGAUUUUGUCAAGAAUGUAAUAAUAUGUUAUAUCCAAAAGAAGAUAAAGAUAAUAAAGUACUUAUGUAUGCGUGUAGAAAUUGUGAUUUUAAACAAUUGGCAGACAGUAAUUGCAUUUAUGUAAACAAAAUUAUGCACGAAAUUGAUGAGUUGACUCAUAUUGUUGCUGAUGUGAUAUCUGACCCAACAUUACCCAGAACAGAGGAGCAUCCAUGUCCGAAAUGUAAUCACAGAGAGGCUGUUUUUUUUCAAGCUCAAACACGACGGGCUGAAGAGGAAAUGAGACUUUAUUACGUUUGCACAAAUCAACAUUGCACUCACAGAUGGACGGAGUAAAAUAAAUUUAAUUUACUGAUAUUUUUUACUUAAUUAUAUUUCUUUUUCUUAAUAAAUUAGAAAAAAACCAGCUUAUGUUUAAUAUAUUUUAUUAUAAUUAAAUAUUAUAUAUGUAUUUAUAAAAAGUACAUUGAGUAAUGAAUAAAAUAAAUGUUCUUAACUAUUUUAUUAA